GAGGAGGAGUUAUCUUUAAAGGUUAUAGAAAAGACAGAAAGGUUGUGAGUUUAGCCUACCUGAGGAGCCUCAUCCAACAUCUUCCGCUCAGAGAGCCAUCAGUUCCUCUGCUAAGGAGAGGUAAAAAUGAAGCAGCUCACAGAACUAGUUCUCCUUACAGUCUUCUUGGCACUCUUUGGUCAAGCUGAAGCAAAUCCUUUUGUUUACAACUAUGAGGCACUGAGGAUCGGGGGUUUGGUCUUCACAGGCCUGCUUGUAGCAGGAGGGGUUACAGUUUUGUGUUGGGGGCAGUGCAAACCAAAAAGAAAGGAUGAAGAAGACGCAAGCAAAAUCUAAGGAUCAGGGACUUCAUCUGCUGAAACUAGUAGAAGAAACUGUCUAGAAACUACAGAUGGCUAACUAGCUUAACUUCUCACUUGUACUUUAUUUCCUUGUAAUUUUUCCAUUGUUUCAACAUUUUUCAACUAUUUAUUUUAUUCAUUAAUCACAGUUCCUGCCCCCAAAAAACUGAGCUGCUGUUAUUUUGAAUUUAUAGAAUUAUUCUAUAGAUUUUCUGUAAUUUCUCCAAGUGGCGCUUUAAUAAAUAUUCUCAGCUAUGGGCCUGCAAAUAUGCAUUUGGAGUAAUUUUUUUUAUGCCUGAGGUUGUUUUGGCUGAGAGAUGUUCAAACACUGGCUGGCCUUGUGCAGGAUGAAGCUUUUUUUUGGAUAACUUUUAUUGAAUCAAAUGUUGAAAUGCAUUAAUGAAGCAUGGGGGAUAUGUUAAUAUAUUUUUUAUAUUUAUUUUACCUGUUCCUCAAUGUUUUACACUCUUAAAAAUAAAGGUUCUUUAAUCAAAUCUAUGGUUCCAUGAAGAACCAUUAACACCAAUGGAACCUUUGCACGAAAGGUUCUUUAUGGUGGAAACAAAUUCUUUAAAUCAUUAAAAUGUUCUUUACACUAAGAAAAAAAUAAAACCCGGAUCUUUUAAGAACUGUCCACUGAAAAGUUCUUUGGGGAACCAAAAAUGGUUCUUCUAUGACAUCGCUGCAAAAACACCCCUUUGGAACAUUAUUUUAAAGAGCGUACACUGUAAAUAAUCCAUAGAAAAAUUGAUAAUGUCUUGGCAGAAAAUUACCAGCAUCUACUGUUAAGUAUAUGAACAUUUCCUUCAACUUUAAAAACACAACACAAUUCAAUGUAUAAUUUAAAUUGAGUAACAUAGCUGAAAAAUCAAUACAUAAAACACUUUUGUAAGAGUCUGUUUGAAUCAUUGUGUCCACCCACUAGUAGAAUCAAUUCAGCCUGAGCGUGCAUAACAAACUAAAAACUAUUAGAGCUGCUCUCCCAGAGAAAGGAUCUUUCAUUCAAAACUCAACCCACUCAGGACUGAGCCAACCUGUUGAGCGGAUUGUGUAGGGUGUUGGUUUCUGUCUCUCUUCAGAUCUUUACAUGUGUUAAGGGUGGUUCCUUCACAACCACUUUUCAAACUUCAACGUUUCAGUUUCUUUCUCCUUGAUAAAGGUUAAAACCACACUAUCAUGAUGAAGACUUUGGCACUAGUUUUCAUGACACUUUUUUCCCUUGUGUUGGCGGAAGGUCAGCAGACAUCAGAGGAAGACCCCUUCUCUUUUGAUUAUCACAGACUUCGGGUUGGAGGUUUGAUCUUGGCAGCAGUUCUGUGUCUGAUUGGCAUCACUAUUCUCCUAAGUGGCCACUGCAGAUGCAAAUUCAACCAGGACAAAAGGAGGAGGACAGGAAGUAACGCUCAAGCGAUGCUCAAUGACACAGCAAGAGCCAGUGAAUGCUAAAAACCUGCUGACCUGACCUGAACCAAUCAGAGGAGAUGGUCUGCCUUCCCAUGUGCUGGUUUGUCAGAGGAAUCAUUUCUCUUUAAGACGAGGAACCUAAUACAAAGGUUUUCUGUGUUUUCACUGCUUAUCUGCUCCAGAUCAUAGAGAAGGUGAAAAUUCAUAUACCAUUUUGUUUUUUUAUGCCAGAUGUGUCUUUGUAAUGUCACUUAAUAUAAAUCGAUUUCCAAAAAAAGUUAUGUAAAUUGUUUUUUAUCCUGUCAGUAAUUGUAUUAAAUUAUGUUGGAUGUAGGUAUGAAAGGGAAGGCUUUCAAUGGCAGUGUCCUGAUCUCAUAAGGAAACCUUUAACCGAAUAUUACUGUAAGCUUUAGUGGAUCCAUCCAAUAUUACACUGCAUUCUGUGUGAAUUAGUUCACUGUUCAGACUUGCUUUGCAAUUGAAUAAGAAAAUCUUGAAUAAGAAAAAAUCAUGAUAUCAAGAAAAAAGCUCCAUCAUAUUUACAUUGAGAUAUUGUCAUGUGCUUGAUAUUAUUUUCAUUUCCAGCAUAUUCAUCACAAACAUGCUAGUAGUAUUUGAGAGUUGGUCUGUUUAUCAGUUGUGUGAAAACUUGUCAGUAUCAUUCAAACAUAAACACUAAAAUAAACUAAAAGAAACUAAAACUAAAA